GCUGGUUUUCUCAAUUUUGUCAAAUGAGAUGGGAGUGUGAUGGAUCUGGAAGCAAAAUCUGAUGCCUGAAUAUUAAUUUCUGCAGAGUCCUGGCAGGUUGGCCAUAGGGAUUGUGACUUCCAUCUUAAGUAUAGCAGACAAAUAUGGAUUUUUUCCUUGUCCUUCACAUUUAUAACUGUAAACAUGGUAUUUGACAAGUUAGAAAACCAUUUGUCCUUUUCAAACCAACCAGAAAAUGAAGGAACCACCAAAGUACUUGGUUACCAGAAACCGUGGAGCCAUGGGCGGAGGAAUGAGCCAGAUCUUAGAUGGUUUGUACCUUGGAAACAUUAGGGAUUCAGAAGAUAAGACAACCUUGAAUAGAAAUGGAAUCACACAUAUUGUGUCUGUGCAUAACAACGCCAAGCCCCUUAUUCAGGAUAUGACAUAUCUGUGUAUACCGGCCUCUGACUCAAGCAGCCAGAACCUAUCCAUGCUCUAUUCUCUUCCCUCCUUCCUCCUCCUCGAUGAUAGAGACAAAGCCGGAAGAAUCCAACGACAUUUUCUUACUUACAGAAUCCAGUAUUUUAAAAGGUGCAUUAAGUUUAUUCAUGAGUCAAGACUUCACGGAGGUGGCUGUCUAGUUCACUGCUUGGCAGGUGUAUCUCGAAGCACUACUAUUUUGGUUGCCUAUCUAAUGACGGUGACAAAUUUUGGCUGGGAAGAUAGUCUGUCAGCUGUAAAGCUCAUUAGGCCAUACGCAGAUCCAAACUUUGGCUUCCAGCAGCAGCUCCAGGAAUACCAGAUGACUCUUGUUAGAGAGAUGUGUGACCGUAAUAGUGGCAGGAGACUCCGUCAGUGGCUGAUAGAGCAGAUUGACAGUGGUUAUUACCCAGGUCUAGUUUGGGAAAAUGAUGAGAAAAGCCUUUUCCGUAUCCCGUGGAAGCAUGCUGGGAAGCAGGACUACAACCAGGAAAUAGAUGCGUCCAUUUUUAAAGCAUGGGCAAUUUUUAAAGGAAAAUUUAAAGAGGGUGACAAAGCUGAACCUGCAACCUGGAAAACCCGGCUCCGCUGUGCUCUGAACAAGAGUCCAGACUUUGAAGAAGUGACCGACAGAUCCCAGCUUGACAUCUCAGAGCCAUACAAAGUGUACAGAAUUGUGCCCGAAGAGGAGCAAAAAAGUAAACCAGGGGGAAGCCAUCUUAAUGAGGUAACCGAAAUGGAUUGUAGCUCAUCAGAAAUUGAGCCAUCUACCGAUGAAUAUCUGACAAUCAUCAAACGCAGUCCAUCCCCAGCAAAAGAAACCUGCCACAAACAGUCAGCCCAUGAUUGGUGGAUAUAUCCUCACAAUGCCGGAGUACCAGCGAUGGAUGGAUUUGCCCCAUAUGAACCAAUUUCCCACGCCUUUUCUCAGAUGGUGAUUCACUUUUACUAUGGUGGUAAAUUAGUCAACCAAAUGACGACCACACGUGUAGAAGGAUGCCGGAUUUCAGUAAGCCAUCAUGGAGAGAAAAUAUAUGGUAUGGAGGCCUUUGAGAACAUUCGAUUUCCAUCUGCAGAAUACAUAACAAGUGAACGGCAGAAGCAGAUCACCAAAAAGUUAUUUGGCCAUCUGGACAGAGGGGUCCUCUUAUAUAGCAACAAGCAAGGCAUCUACAUCAAAAGACUCUGCCAAGGACGUGUCUUCUGGAGUGGGAAUUGUAUGCCAUAUAAAGACCGACCUGCCAAGCUUGAGCGCGAUGAAAUGGUCAAAAUAUUCGACACUGCUGAAUUUUUAAGAGAGUUACAACAUUAUUACCCAGGCCGUCUUCCAGAAAGCAAAGUCACAUUGUGUUUUGGGGAGGAAUUUCCAGAUGCAACGCCUCUGCAUCUCAAGUUAAUUAUUAUUCAGAUAGAACAGCUUGGCUUAAGGUCAGUCAUUGAAGAAAUAACAAAGAGUUACAGUAAUCCAAGUAUUCAUGUGCUUCAGGAACCGCCAAUGGAUCAAGUUCCACGCCUGCUCUCAGACGCUUGCACAGCACACCCAAGAUCAUUUUACAGAGAGAGCCAGCAGAUAACUGUUUGAGUUACUCUGUGUGCCUCACAUUAUACAUAUUAAGGUUGUGUGCCUUAAAAAAACCAAAAAAACAAAAAAAAAGAGAUUUAUAUUUUUAUACUUUGUUUGUACUUCUGUUUUGUACAAGAAAAAACAAACAUUCUUGGAUUUAGGCUGUUCAUUUAAAUGUUACCGAUAAGUAUGAAUUAAUUAUCAGUGAUUUGUAUGGCUACGGUAAUUAAUAUUUUGACAUGAUCACCCAUUCUGCAGAAUAUUUGUAGGCACAGAUUAUGUUACAGUAGUACACUGUAUUACCUAAAAAGCUGCAGUAAACAUCUUAUUAAUACAGGAAUUAUUAGUACAAGUAGUAUACAAAUGCAACAAAAUCUAGAUCAAGUGUGGUCAGCCUUUUUUUAUGUCUGUAGGGUGUCACUUUGAUCUUUUCACACAAAUUAAUUUAAGAUUACACAUUUUAUGCACUAAAUGUUGUAAUACUAUUGUGUUGAAUCAUUUAUUAUUUAUGGUAAAUAACUUAAUUUUCUUGAAGCCACCAUUGUGGUGCAAAAUAUACCUAAGCCUUAGUCUCAUUACUGGCAGCAAGGAAACCAAUUUCAUACAACAGUCUUAUGAUCAGCACUUUGUGAUCUACUAGUAUAUAAUAGUUUAUCAUUUGAGUGCAUCUGGUCAAGGCCAUUGUGGGCAAAAUUCACGAUCAGAUGGAUAAUCUCAAAAAUGUCUCCAUUCUUUAGGUUCAUCAGAUGUAUAGAGCAUAAUGUAUUUGGUGAGUCAGGAGAGAUCCAUUAGUGAAUUUUGUCCAAUGUAAACCUGUUCUGGUUCUGGUUCUGGUAAUGCAAAGUAGCUAAGGGGACUGAAAACUGUAGUCAGUUUAGGUCACAUCUUCAAAGAAAGAUUUGCUCAUUUUGAGCAGUUUUCAGAUGUGACAUAUUUGUAAAAAGUAUAAAUAAUUUUGAAUUUGUCUGAACUGAUUUAUUUGUAAUAGUUUUUAAAAAGAUGCAAUUUUUGUGCCUAACAGUUUUUAUAGAAACUUUAUUUGUUCUGUAAUGAUAUUUUACAAACAGUUUGAUCCUGCCCUCCCAAACACAUUGUCAAUUAAAAUUAUAUAACCUUAACGGGAUAGGAAAGUCAAAAUUAAACUUGCAUGAUUCAGAUAGAGCAUGUCAUUUUAAGACACUUUUAAAUUCACUUCUAUUUUCAAAUGUGCUUCGUUCUUUUAGUAUCCCUAGUUAAAAAAUGAAUAUGCACAUUUCAUACACUAGUGGGAGCUGCUGCUAAUUGGAGCCUGCACACAUUUGUCUCUUGUGAUUGGCUAAAUAGAUAUUUUCAGCUUCCUGUCAGUAGUGUUAUUCUGUCCCUUCAGCAAUGGAUAACAAGAGAUUGAAGAAAGAGAUUUGAUAAUAGAAUUAAAUUGGAAAGUUGUUUAAAAGUGUAUGUUCUAUCUGAAUCAUAAAAGAGAACUUUGGGGUUUACAAUCCCUUUAAAUAAUGUAGCUACAAUUUAAUUUUAAGCAGUUAUAUAUAAUAAUACAAAUAUCUAUUACCUUAGUGUUGUAUAAAGACAAAUGUUUUAGAAAAUCCAUUUACAAGUAAAUACCUUAUAAUAAAAUAAGACUUUGAAAUGCUUUAAUGUACUUUAAAAUCAGCUUUGAUGUUUGACGGACUAUUGACACAGAAUCUCAGCUUCUGUUUUAUUUUAGCAUUUUUCAAAAUUUUGCAAAAAAAAUAAAAAAGGGAACCUCCAAAGUGCUAAUAACGACAUAUUAUAUUUCAUACAGAUUGGCUGAAACUUUUAUAGUCUAUGCCACAAGUUUGUUAGGUAAUUAAGAUCCUUUAUUUACCGUAUAAACAGAUUUCAAAGGCACAAGUACCGUUCAGUUGGUAACAUUUUUGGAGUUAAAUUUCCUUUUAAAGGGAUAUUAUACUGUAAACUUUUCUCCAUUUUUAAUUUGUUCCCAAUGAUCCAUUUUACAUGAUGGAUUGAUUGUAUUAAAUUGUUUACAAAUAGUU